GGUCACAAUAUGGUCACUGCCAACAUGGCGAAUAUACGGAUUUCUCCGAUUAGUUUCGUAUUAAUUUUCCUUCUAGCUGGGGCAGUGAUCCUCUACGUAGAGAGAUCAUGGCACAGUGACAAGGGAGAUCAGUUGAUCGUUGAUUCAUCAACGAAGAUAGACCUCAAGGCGCUUUUGUCUGCCGGGAUUGGGGCCGCUGAACGAGGCGGAGUGGAGGUGAAGAAAGUUCACGAUGAGCACCAACUUAACGCGAAGAGCAAAGGCGAGACAAGGGAAGGGGCCAAUAACCCAGUGACUGAUGGUGAUAUGAGAUCACAUAAAGCCAUCGUGCAUGGUUUGAAAAAGACAUUUCCAUCAUUGAAGGUUGUUUCCGAGGAGCAUGAGACUGAUGAUUGGGAUAAGAGUGCAGUGGUACCCCUGUCUAUCAGCCAAUCUGAUGUGAUUGAGCUGAUCAAGGGAGAUCAGUCGAUACCCUUAGAAGAUGUUACUGUCUGGGUUGAUCCUCUAGAUGCUACACAAGAGUACACAGAUGAUCUUCUGCACUAUGUUACUACGAUGGUGUGCGUCGCUGUACGCGGUGUUCCAACCAUUGGUAUCAUACAUAAACCAUUUAUGGAAGCUCCGAACACUGUUUGGGCAUUUGUUGGUCAGGGCCACUCCCCAAACCUGAAAUUACCCGUCAAGAAAGCCGACCUGUCAACGAGUCCGAAGAUCAUUGUUUCUCGCUCACACCAAGGGGAAGUGGAAGCAGUUGCCAAGACGUCAUUUGGAAAGGAUACAGAAGUUAUUCCAGCGGGGGGUGCAGGUUACAAAGUGUGGUCCCUGUUUGAAGGAAAAGCCGACGCCUACAUCCACACAACGCUGAUCAAAAAAUGGGACAUCUGUGCUGGUAAUGCCCUUUUAAAUGAGUUCAAGGGUAAAAUGACAACGCUCAAAGGAAAAGACAUCGACUAUAGCUGGAGCGUAGAAAAGCCAGACCCCAAAAAUGAAGGUGGACUUUUAGCAUCAUUAUGGGAGCACAAAAUGUUUUUAGACAAACUUGCUCCUGUUGUUGAUAAAAAGCAAUAAAACAAAAGCUAUUUGGUUUGAGAAUGAUGUAUUGAUUUGUUGGGAGGGGCUGUCAUUGUUGAACAGAGAGCCAUGUAUGACUAUGACAGAGGGUGUCGAUAGACCUGUAGGUCUUUAGAAAUGAUGGUUUGGUACUUUGUAAAACAUGUAUAGUAAGUAGUGGGCAUAGACAUGUGUACCAACACUUUGAAGACCCCAAACCCUUUGCAACAAUAAGCAGUCCACUUAUUACUUGAUCAAUAUCAUUCUGAAGUCGUGGUUCCUGAAGGUUUUUUGGGGGGGACUUUCUUUGACUUAAAUCAACAAGUUUUGGGUAUUAAAUGCAGUUUAGUUUCAUAUCAUCUCUGUAAAAAAAAAGGGUUGGUGGAUGUUGUACCUUUUUUUUUAUUAGUCUAUCAAUUGACACUAUUGGUAUUUCAAUUUCAUAUUUUUUGCACAAUCAAAUUAAUAUUGCGAAAGGCUCAGCUGAACUUGUCCCAAACGUUUGUAUGAUUUUAGGCAAAUUUGUUUUAGUUUAACUUGUGAGCAGGGCAAUUGUGCUUGAAAACUUUAAGUAGAAGUUCAAAAAUUCAUGUGCAAUAUUGUUUUUGGAAUCGACAACUCGUCUGGAGAAAUUGAUUGCAUUUUAACUACCUUCAUGAAUCAUGGUAUGACGCUAAGCUUGAAAAGAUUAUGAUUCUCCUAAAAGCAACCCUGAUGUUUUCAACUCUUUUUGUUUUCAUUUUGUUUUCCCUUCAAAAAACCAAGGUUUAUAAGGCUGAACAUUCCUUCUUUUUUUUACCAAUUUAGUGAACAUGCUUUUGUAGUCGUUUCAUAAAAAAUAUAUAUUUGUUCAUAGAAAAGUUGUGUGUUUUAUUUUAUUUGUAAACAUAAGAGAAAAACUUAAGUAGUGAUUAAAUAUUUGUUAGUUUUGCAUCUUGGAUAAAGAACAUAUUUUGUUUUCAUCCUUUAUCAAUGUGUAUUACUACUGUAUCACUUGGUAGCAUUUGAACCCAAGACCUUUGUAUUGCUAGAGCAGAUGUCUUUCCAUUAGACCACUGAGCUAGCCCAGUGGGAAGAGGCAGUUUGAAUCAUAUACCAAGCCUUGAAACAACCCAUGGCCCGUGCCCUGUGCUUUUGCUGUGGUGCCCUCUGCAAGGUUAUUGUACAAAUUUACAUUUUUCUACGGAGGUGCCCCUUACCAGAGGGAAAUUGCUGUGCCCCUUCAAGAGUGAAGUUCAAGGCCUAAUAUAGUGAUACUCACCACCUUGUUAGAAAUCAAGAAAUGUAUAAUAUUAUAGUAAAGGUUUGCUGUAUACUUCCUAGGUAGCUGAGAUGGUUUAAGAAAUAAAUUAAGGCCCAGUGAC